GCGAGUGGCCCCAGGUUCCAGGAAGGUCCCCAGAACGAGCAUGGCCUGGCCAGACUCGGUGAGGUGGGCAGCUGACGUCCCCCGACACAUCUCUCGCAGAGGGGCCGCCCACCGCCUUCGGGACGGUGUCCGUGGUGCUGCCGUGCGCCGAGGAAAGGGAGCUCGCGAUCAAGACCGCGUCGCGCUUCUGCGAGCGCACGCCAGAGGACUGGCUGGCCGAGAUCCUGGUCGUGGACGACGGUAGCAGCCCGCCGCUUGUGGAGCUCUUCAAGGAGAAGGGGUUCAACAUGGAGAGGUGCAAGGUCAGGAUGCUGCGGCACGAGGUCACAACGGGGCUCAUGAAUGCCAAGCAGACUGGCGGCAGAAACGCAAAGGGAGAUGUGGUUGCUUUCUUCGAUUGCCACGUCUCGCCGAAGCCCGGCUGGGCCGACGAGAUAUUUGCGAAGAUCAGGGCGAAUCCCCGCCGAAUGGUGGUCCCUGCGAUCACGGACCUGGACCUGGAUACCUUCGACGAGAAAGUAAACAGCGCUGUGAACGCCAAGUGCUACCUCACCUGGGACGCUGAUUUCAAGUGGUUCGAUGACGAGUCGGACUACAUACCCACGAUAAGCGGCGGCCUGGUUGCCAUGUCGCGAUGGUGGUUUAACGCAACCGGCGGCUUCGACGACGUAAUGAGGGGCUGGGGAGGCGAGAAUCUCGACCAAUCCCUGCGCAGUUGGCUGUGCGGCGGUGAGAUAAUGCGGGCCAAAACCAGCAGGAUCGCUCACAUGUGGCGCACCGGCGACUCCCGCACGCGGGCGCACUACCAUGGCAGAGGCGGCCACGUCGACAACCGGGCGCGCGUGGUUGCUGCAUGGUACGACGUCUUCGCGGAGAAGUAUCAAGGCAGGAAGAUCCAGCAGGACGAGGUGAAGAACUACGACCCGGUGAAGGAGUCCCUGGGCUGCAAGCCGUUCGCUUUCUUCCUUUGGCGGUUCCGCCACGUCUACAUCGAUGCGGGCGUUAUCCCAGAGAGGGUGUUCCACAUCAGGGAGAAGACCAGCGGCCUGUGCCUCAGCUUUGGUUGGGGAGGCCUGGCGCUGGAGGGCUGCGACGAGAGCAAGAAGAAACAGGUAGUCCAGCUUGGCAACCAAGACCAGGAGGAGAAGGGGGGAAAGUGCUGCUCUGGGAUUCGUAUGUUCGGGAGCAACGAUUGCCUGGACUAUGUCAAGGACGGGGUCCCACACACGUACUCCUGCGACGUGACUGGCAGGAACACCAACCAGCACUAUCGAUGGCGGCCAGACGGCACAAUCGAGAAGGGGCUGGGCCCCAGCAAAACAUGCUUCGGCAAGCCCAUGGCGGGCCUGUUGUCAAAGAAGGUGGCCGUGGGGUCGUGCGACCCCGCGGCGGCUGGGCAGUACGAGAUGUGGGGCGACAAGGUCCCCCACGAGCGCGAGCUGUACGAGUCCGAGGUCCGUCGACUCGGCUAUGACAAGCUCGACAUGCCGGACAAUUGAGCCGCGCCAGGCGCCCGGCGUGAAGUGGUCCAUUCUUCACCCGAUCGGCUCGACGACAUGUGCCAACGUCCGCGCGCGGC